AUGUUUCAGUCGUGGGCAGAUGCCGAGGAUGAUAUCCCAACACCAGAGGUUACCGUCAACCCAGACGGAACCAAGACGGUGAUCAGUUACAGAUUAAACGCCAAGGGCCAAAAAGUGAAGAUCACUCAGAAAAUCAAAGAGGUCAAGGUUAAGGAAAGAGUGCACCCUUCCAUUGCCAUCCGUAGAGGAUGGGCCAAAUACGGGAAAGAAAAGCAUACGCCACCAGGUCCAGACACCAGAACGACGCAGUUGGGUGAGAAGGUUGAGUUGAAACUCGGAGCCUCUUGGAAAGAACUUGAGAAGAAAGAAGAGGAAGAAAAGUUGGAACAAAAGGCCAGCUUGGUCAGCACACAGAGACUCAGAUGUAGAACAUGUGAGGGUGACCAUUUCACAUCCAAAUGUCCUUUCAAGGAUACAUUGGGCGCUGAAACCGCUGGUGGCGCUGGUACUCCAGAACCUUCUGAGUCGGGCAAAUAUGUUCCAGCACACUUGAGAAAGGAUGCUCCUUCGAAGGAGUCUAGAGAUGACUCGUGCACAUUGAGAAUCUCCCAGUUGAAUACAUUUGUCAACGAACAAAUGUUGAGGGAAGAGUUGUUGGCCAAGUACGGCCCAUUGCAGAGAGCCACCGUUCUCUACAACAAGGAGACAGGCGAGUCCAGAGGAUUUGCCUUUGUUACUUUUGCUACGGAACAAAAGGCCGCCCAGGCAUUGGAGGAGUUGAACGGCAAGGGUUACCACUCGUUGAUUUUGAGGUUGGAGUGGUCCAAGAGAAAGAAGACCUAG